CAUAGGCAAGAUAGAAACAUAACCUUUCAUUAUUAUACAAAUCAUGAUACAAAUAAAAUGAAAAAUAACUUUUGUUUUUAAUGUAAAAAAUAAGAAAACGUAUGUUUUAAGUUUUAAAAUGGCUGAAGGUAAACCAUCUGAAGAAGGAAAAAAUCAAGGAGAUCCUGUCUGUAUUAUUGUACUUGGAAUGGCAGGAUCUGGAAAAACAUCUUUGGUGCAAAGAUUAAGUACUUCUCCUAAAAAGCCUUACAUUGUUAAUUUAGAUCCAGCAUGUCUACAGUUACCUUAUUUUGCUAAUAUAGUUAGUAAUACAUUUGCAGAUAUAAGAGACACAGUAAAUUACAAAGAUGUCAUGAAACAAUACAAAUUAGGACCUAAUGGAGCAAUUGUUACAUCACUAAAUUUAUUUUCAACAAAGUUCCCAGAUGUACUUAAGUACAUAAGUAAAUGUGAUUUAGAAUACUGCGUCUUAGAUACUCCAGGACAAAUAGAAGUGUUUACAUGGUCAGUAUCAGGUGCCAUUAUCACUGAAACGUUAGCUUCUACAUUUCCUACAGUAAUUCUUUAUGUAGUUGAUACUGUUCGUAGCACCUCUCCUGUUACAUUUAUGUCAAACAUGUUGUAUGCUUGCUCUAUUCUGUACAAAACUCGCCUUCCGUUUAUUGUGGUAAUGAAUAAAAUAGAUAUAGUUGAACAUAGUUAUGCAAUUGACUGGAUGAAUGAUUUUGAAGCGUUUCACGAAGCUUUAGAAGCUGAUGAGAGCUAUAUAAGCAAUUUGACAAGAUCCAUGGCUCUUACCCUUGACGAGUUUUAUAGAAAUUUGAAAGUUUGUGGAGUAUCAGCUGCCACAGGGGACGGAAUCGAAGAAUUAUUCAAGCUGGUAAAUGAUGCCAAAGAAGAAUAUGAAAAGGACUAUCGAGUAGAAUGGGAAAGAAUACGUAAGGAGGCAGAGAUGAAGAAAAAAGUGGAAAGUGAGAAAGUUGAACAGAAAAAAGAUCCGCUCAUAAUGGAGUUAUCUGCUGGCAGAGAAAUUUCUGAUGUAUAUCUUCGACAUCCUGCAAACGAAAGCAGUUCAGAUUCAGAAGGCGAAGAAGUAAAUCCACAUGAUUUAGAAGCAAAGGAAGAAGAGGAACUGAAUUUUCGAAAAGUGCUUCAACAACAAAAAGAAUUGCAACUAAAAAGAGCAAAAGAAGCAGAAGCCAAAAGGAAGAAGAGCAUGUAAUUCUCAAAGCUUUUUUUACAUUUAAUUGUACUAUUUUCUACAUUCUUGUUUCAAUAACUUUAAAAAUAAUACAACAAAAUUAAAAAUA